GCGUGUGGGGGGCGGCCAUGGCGGCCAUGGCGGCGGUGCUGGGGCGCACAGCGGGCGCGGCGCGGCGGUGGCGGGCGCUGGCGGUGCCGCGGCGCGGCGGCGCGGGGCUGGCGGUGGACGACACGGUGAACGGGCUGAGCGCCGAGCAGCGCCAGCUUAGACAGACCAUGACAAAGUUCUGCCAAGAGCAUUUGGCUCCAAAGGCCCAGCAGAUUGACCAGGAAAAUGAAUUCAAAGGCAUGCGGGACUUUUGGAAGAAACUUGGAGAACUGGGAGUUCUGGGGAUCACAGCCCCUGCGGAAUAUGGUGGAUCUGCCCUGGGAUACCUGGACCACGUGCUGGUGAUGGAGGAGAUCUCCCGUGCAUCAGCGUCCGUGGGGCUCAGUUAUGGAGCCCACUCCAACCUGUGCAUCAACCAGCUCGUGCGCAACGGGAACGAGGCCCAGAAGCACAAAUACCUGCCCAAGCUAAUCAGUGGGGAGCACAUUGGAGCCUUAGCCAUGAGUGAGCCAAAUUCUGGCUCUGAUGUUGUGUCCAUGAAGCUGAAAGCAGACAAGAAAGGAGACUACUUUGUUUUGAACGGGAACAAAUUCUGGAUCACCAACGGGCCGGACGCGGAUGUUCUCAUCGUCUACGCUAAAACUGACAUGAACGCUGUCCCGGCCUCCCGAGGCAUAACUGCCUUCAUCGUGGAGAGGGGAAUGUCAGGUUUCAGGACAGCCCAGAAGCUGGAUAAGCUGGGAAUGAGAGGGUCUAAUACCUGUGAAUUGAUCUUUGAAGACUGCAAAGUCCCUGCUGAAAAUGUCUUGGGGACACUGAGCAAAGGAGUCUACGUUCUGAUGAGUGGAUUGGACCUGGAGAGGCUUGUCCUGUCCGGGGGCCCCCUGGGGCUCAUGCAAGCUGUUCUUGACCACGCAAUUCCAUACCUGCAUGUCAGGGAAGCAUUUGGACAGAAAAUUGGUCACUUCCAGCUCAUGCAGGGCAAGAUGGCAGAUAUGUACACGCGGCUCAUGGCCUGCCGGCAGUACGUCUACAACGUGGCCAAAGCCUGUGACCAGGGCCACUUCAACGCCAAGGACUGUGCCGGAGUGAUCCUGUACUCAGCAGAGUGUGCAACACAGGUGGCCCUGGAUGGGAUCCAGUGCCUGGGUGGGAAUGGUUACAUCAAUGACUACCCCAUGGGGCGCUUCCUGCGCGACGCCAAGCUCUACGAGAUCGGGGCGGGCACCAGCGAGGUGCGCAGGCUCAUCAUCGGCAGGGCCUUCAACGCCACCUUCAAGUAACACUGCCAGUGCAGGGGCAGCACCGUGACCACCAUGAGGCCUUGACCAUGAGGCUGGAACGCACAACUCGGCUUCUUCCUGCCUGCCAUCCCAGCAUUGUCACUUGUGGAGUCCCCUCUGCCUGCUCUGGAAACAAAUGCUGCUGGACUGAGCUUAGACAAAAUGAAUUGGAGGGUACAUGGAAGGAGAAGUGUUUUUUCUCUUUUGUGAUCAUCCUGAUUCGUGGUGUUCAUGAGCUGUUGAUUGUCAGCUUUGCAAGGCAGAGGUUCCUCCCCCUACCAGGCAGGCUGGCAAGGGGUGUGCAGCCCCUCCUGUACACAGAAAAUCAACCCAAACCCACCAAAAUGGACAAUGAGGGAACAACUUUGUUCUUUCCAAAAAGCCCAGAGUGCCAUUAAACAGUUAUAAUUUAGCAUAUUGCCAUUGGAAGGUGAAACUUCCUGCUGUGACCUUCCAGUGGGAUUAAUAUCUUCCAUGUUGGGAACUUGACACCAACCACAUUGUGGGGUUGCUAUCAUAAACACUUUAAAUCAUCAACGCACAAGCAGCGUUUUAGGUGCUGAUUCCUAGAACCUCCUUAAAUCCCAUCUGUGUUUCUUUGCAGAAUUCCUUGCCUAUUUGCAGAAUUCCUUUCCUAUUCUGGCUGCUUUUGGAGUUAUUUGGGUGCAGGCCCAAGUCCUUGCUGCGCUGACUGACUGCUCCCACCAGGUCAUUCUCUGAGUUGUCACCAUCCAUCACUCUGACGGUUAACACAUCAGGGCUGUGCCAUCUGUGAAUGAAGCAAGCAGAAAGAGCUGACUUCUUUGGGGUUUGGUUCUCUCUGAAGGUUGUUGUUUUGGCCAAGCCUCUGCUGACACUCCAACUCCAGGCAGCUGAGCGAUGUGUUUGUGAGUGAUCUCAGUGCAUCUUGUAUCCAGCAAAUAAGGGCUUAUCCAGCUUUUUAAAGGAAAUCAUACAGCAUCCUGCCAGCCUUUCAGUGUGAAUCACAAAUCGAAAUGGGCUGCUAGAAAUGUGAUUGAAUAGUUAAUUAAACAGUUGCCAUGUAGGCAGCUCCCAGCAGUUUUAACAAAACUCA